AUGGUCAACUUUUCGGGAGUGGACCUGACGGGGAAGACAGCCAUUGUGACUGGAGCCUCACGAGGAAUUGGAGCUUCGAUAGCUACUCAGCUUGGUCAACGCGGUGCCAAUGUGGUUGUCAACUUCAUGUCAGAAGGCAGCCGCGAGCGGGCUGAAAGUGUUGCCAAGUCGAUCAAGGAAAAUGGCAGCAACGCCGUGACGUGCCAGGCGAACAUCACCAAUCUCGGCGAGAUUCCCAAACUCAUUAGUUCAGCACUUAAUCUCAGCCAGUCGGGCAAAAUUGAUCUGUUAAUUCACAAGUUGGUGCCUUUCUUUACUUCUUUGUUCUGUGUCUUGUCACCUAACUUUGCGACUUCAAUCUUAAGCGCGGCGCUUGGAGUAGAUGCAAACCUCGACGAAGUCACGGAAGACCUGUACCUCAGCCAUUUCGACACCAAUGUGAAGGGGCCCAUCUUUCUGACUCAAGCUUUGCUCCCAUAUUUCCCCAGAGGCGGCCGCAUCGUCUUCGUCUCAUCGGCCGCUGCUCGGCUGGGUGUCGCCGGCCAAACGGUGUAUGGCGCUACCAAAGCUGCCAAUGAAUCACUUGUUCGCGUUUGGGCCAAAGAGCUCGGUCAAUCUCAUGGAAUCACCGUCAACUGCGUCAAUCCAGGCCCAGUUGCAACUGAUCAAUGGAACGAAAGUGAUGAACAAUUUCGGGAAGACAUGCGUCCUCUGAUAGAAUCGACCCCGGCAGCCGCACGAAUUGCCGAGCCCUCUGAUAUUGCACCGCUUGUUGCGUUUCUAUGUUCAGCAGACGCUGCAUGGUCGACUGGUGGCACGCUCUGUGCUAAUGGGGGCUUGUAUAACUAA